AUGGUUAUUUCAUCACGACAGUUAAUACUGCUAACUAUUUUCGCAAAUUAUGUGACAGCAUUCUGUCCAAGCCUUGAUUCAUGCACCUGUGACGAUAAACCUGAUGGUUAUUAUAUUGACUGUAAGGGUCCUAUCGAUACAUCCCUGUCUGGUAUUAUACAAUUACUAGGUAGACGACAAGUGCAAAAGCUUACAGUCACUAACUCUUCAUGGCCGGUGCUUGAAGAAUUGCCACCAGCCAAUAUACGGUCUCUCCAGUUGAUCUCAUGUGGCAUCAAGAAAAUUACGAAUAUAACCUUCGCCAAAUUAGCAGAUAAUUUGGAAGAUCUAACAAUUACCAAAAAUAUGCUCACAACUGUGACAUUUCUUGGUUAUUUGCCAAAGUUAAUUUCGCUCAAUCUCAAUUAUAAUCAGUUAACAGAUUUACCAGAUAAUGCAUUAAAAGGUGUCGAAAGUCUACGACAUUUACGCCUUGAGGGAAACAAAAUUUGCUCACUUUCAAGUAAUUCAUUAUUGGAUAUCAAGAACAUACUAGAACUACUGGACUUGAGUGACAAUUGCCUGAGCAAUAUACCAGCACAAAACCUAAGAAACUGUAUCCGGCUGAUGUAUUUAGAUUUAUCCCAUAACGCUAUCAAGGAAAUUGCCAAUUUUCAACUUAUGAAUUUACCGUUACUCAAGGAACUACGAAUAAAUAACAACCAAAUAAAUUAUAUAGCACCGAUGGCAUUCAUGAAUGUGCCACUUCUGAAACAUCUCGUCUUAAGGAAUAAUUUAAUUUCUUCUAUUGAAACGGAACGACUUUUCCAAGUCUUCAAAAGUCUUGAAGUUCUAGAUUUGUCUGAAAAUAUGCUCAAUAAGGUACCAUCAUUCAAAGAAUUAUUAAAUCUGCGACAGAUUCAUCUCAAUCACAAUAAAAUCUCAAGAAUUGAGACGCUUGCAUUUAGUUCCAACAGAAGGCUUCAGCUAAUCAGCCUGCAGUGCAACCAAAUUACAGCGAUGUCACGGAAUAGUUUUGAUUCAUUGGAUGAGCUUGUUGUUCUCAACUUGGCUAAUAAUGCUAUCAAAAAAAUCGAACGCGUAAUGCUCGAUGGGAUGCGAAAUUUGCAACAACUUAAUUUAAGAAAUAAUUCUCUUAGUGUGUUGGAAAAUUCGACGUUUACAUCAGUUUCACAAAUAACAACCCUUGACCUGGCGCAUAAUGGCAUCCAUACGAUUGAAAAGGAUGUAUUCACGCCACUUAAAGAUAUAUUCUGGCUCGACCUGUCAUCCAACCUCAUCAAAGCAAUAGAAAAGGACACCUUCAAAGAAAAAAUAGCUAACAUCUUGCUAAAUGACAAUCCGCUUCACUGUGAUGAAAAAUUGGAUUGGUUGGUGAAUUAUUUGGUGGCAAAUCAGGUGCGAACCUUCUUACCCUACCAGACUGAGGUACUGUGCGCCGGGCCGGAAAAAUACGCCGGUGUUCGACUGAAAGAACUGAUGAUUGUGAAAGCCAAUGAAACAAUGAGCAAGGCGAGACAUGCUUUUUAUGCAAAUGGUCAAAGUGAUAUCGCAAUUACGCAGCCGCCAAAUCCAUUUGAGAUGGUACCGGUUAUUGGCGCCCUCACCGACGCUAUUCCCUCAGUCCAGAAUAUUCCUGGGAUCAAUUACUUACCUAAAGCAAAUGGAGAACGUAUUCUUGACGCUCAAAAAUUUAACAGUGCUAUUGAACAGCUCUCUUCACCACUCACUCGCGUCAUAGCUGGUAAACAACCAGGACCAGCGGAUAUUGAACAGUUUCUCCAGACUAUUCCGAAUUUGGUUGUUAACAUACCCGGCAUCGGUGAUGUCGACGUAAGCAAGCUUCCACCGAAUAUAUUAGCACAUGUAUUGCGAGGUGGACAAAUUCCGGGCUUACCUUCGGAAGCUCUGGACAAAAUUAUGAAGGAAUACCUCAAACGCAUGUAUGUAGCAGCAGAGACGGCUAAACGGGAAAGACUUGUGACUGCUGAAUUCCGUAAUUUAUUACCGCCGGAAACGCUACCACAGACGCUUACAACUCAAGUAAUGCAAGUAGCCGAUAUGUCAUAUCCUGAUCGACGACAAACACAAAGCAUACGGGAUUACUAUAUAUCACAGUUGGCAGUGAGCAGUGCUCCGGACCAGCUGGAAAACUUGUCAGUGGAAAAGUCGAGAAGUUUGUCAUCAACAGUAAUCGAAGUGAUAAGAAUGCUACCACCUGGUUAUAAUAUCAGCAGGAUACCGAAACCGGUGAUUGAUGCCUUAUUUCGUGGCGAGGUGCCCGAUUUUACGCUCCUUCCCAGUGAACUUCAACAGCACCUUCUCACAGAUGGAUAUAGAUUGAUUGCUGCGUUGUCCACCGAUGCUAAUAAGACAGUGGAAGAAAUGCUACACAAUUUGCCGACAUUCAAACGUCCAAUAAAGCCUACUUUUAUUCCAUAUGAUAUCAAUGAAGUGACCAACGACCUAACGCAAACUAAACAACGAGCUGAGAAAUUGGUUCGGGUCCAGUACUACACUGCUUUAUUACUUGGUUUUGCCGGAGCAGCUUCUAUAGCAAUCUUGGGUUUAAUAUGUGUAUAUAUGAAGCGGAAACGCUUGGGAGAUACAGAACCAAACAUCGAUGAAGAUUCCCUAGUGAAUCCGAAUCAAAUGGCACAACCACAACAAUCAAGUACAAGUGGAUCAAAGAUAGAUGCUUCUCUUAUAAAACAUUGUCAACAUCUUUCAGGGAAUUCUCAUAUGUUCAAAAUUUAA